CUCAUGUUGGUUCCUGCUCUUCCACAGGAAAUGCUGUCCUUCUGGGAUGUGGCCAUUGAGUUCUCUGCAGAAGAGAGGGAAUGCCUGGAGCCUGCUCAGUGGAAUCUGUACAGGGAUGUGAUGCUGGAGAAUUACAGCAACCUUGUGUUCCUGGGUCUUGCUGUGUCUAAGCCACACUUGGUGACAUUUUUGGAGCAAAGACAAGAGCCUUCAUAUGUGAAGAGCCAAGCAGCAAGCAACGUGCAUCUAGGAACGACACCCAAUGAUUAUAACAUUUACAGAAAGUCCAUUGAUUGUAACUCACUGUAUAUUUCACACCAGAGAAUUCAUAAAAGGGAGAAACCCUACAAGUGUGAAGAAUGUGGUAAAGGUCUUAGUUCUCAUAAAACACUUUCCAUCCACAAGAGACUUCAUACUGGAGAAAAACCCUAUAUGUGUAAAGAAUGUGAUAAGACCUUUAAUACUCGUGAAUCACUUUUUAUACACCAGAAAAAUCAUACUGAUGAAAAAUCCUACAAGUGUGAAGAAUGUGGCAAAUUAUUUUACUAUCCAUCAAUGCUGAAGCAACAUCAAAGAAUUCAUUCUGGAGAGAAACCCUACAAGUGUGAAGAAUGUGGCAAAGCUUUUUAUACUUUUUCAGUGCUGAAGCAACAUCAAAGGAUUCAUAGUGGAGAGAAACUAUGCAAGUGUAUAGAAUGUGGCAAAGCAUUUUAUGAACAAUCAUUCCUUCAGGUGCAUAAGCAAAUUCAUAUUGCAGAGAAGCCCUACAGGUGUGAAGAGUGUGGCAAAUGUUUUUGUUCAUCUUCAUCCCUUAGACGACAUCAAAUAAUCCAUUCUGAAGACAAUCCCUACAAAUGUGAAGAGUGUGGUAAGUUUUUUUCUUCAUCUUCAUCUGUUAGAGGACAUCAAAUAAUCCAUUCUGAAGACAAUCCCUACAAAUGUGAAGAGUGUGGUAAGAGUUUUUCUUCAUCUUCAUCUCUUAGAGGACAUCAAACAAUCCAUUCUGAAGACAAUCCCUACAAGUGUGAAGAGUGUGGCAAAAGGUUUUCCUGCUUUUCACACCUUCAAGCACAUCACAGAGUCCAUACUGGAGAGAAACCAUACAAGUGUGAGGAGUGUGGUAAAUAUUUUUCCUCAUGUUCAUCUCUUAGAAAACAUCAACUGAUCCAUUCUGAAAACAAUCACUACAAAUGUGCAGAAUGUGGCAAAUGUUUUUACUCAACUUCAUCCCUCAGACAACAUAAAACAAUUCACUCUGAAGAUAAUCCUUACAAGUGUGCAGAGUGUGGCAGAUGUUUUUAUUCAUCUUUUUCUUUUAGAAGACAUAAAAUAAUCCAUUCUGAAGACAACCCCUAUACAUGUGUACAAUGUGGCAAACGUUUUUUCUAUUCUAGGAGUCUUCAGGAACAUCAAACAAUUCAUACUGGAGAGAAAUUAUACAAAUGUGAGGAAUGUCACAAAGGCUUUCGGUAUCACUCUGGUUUUAUGAAACAUAAGAGAAUUCAUUCUGGAGAGAAACCCUAAAAGUGUGAAGAGUGUAAUGAUGUUUUCUUUAUCUUUAACCCUUAGACAUCAUAAAAAAUUUCAUUCUGAAGACAAUCCCUAAAAGUAUGGGGAAUGUGCCAAAGACUGCUAAUUUUUAUAUCCUUACUCAACACAUGAUAAUGUUCAUACAGGAGAGAAAUCCUAAAAUUGUCUUACAUUUUUACUUCUUCAACCCUUAAAACACAUCAAAUGAUUCAUUCUGACUACAAAUUUCCAUGAGUGUGUAUAGUGUGGUAAAAUCUUUGCUGAUAAUUCAGGUCUUAUCCACCUCUAAUGAAUCCAUAGUAGAGAAUAUUAAGUUAAUUAUUUUGGCAUGUCCACAUGAACACCUAACUUCCAAGAGCACAAACACUAAGAAUGUCAUCAGAGAAAAUAGAGACUUCUCUUGGCUGUAUCCCCCAACAGUUUGUUCAAGCAAUGUGUUUGAAACUUGCCUUGAUUAAUGAGUCUCUUUCUUCUGUAACUGUAAAUGUUCCCUGAAACCUUUA